AUGGUGCGGGGAGCGUUUAUCGUAAUCGAGGGCUUGGAUAGGUCGGGCAAGUCGACUCAAUGUGCGCGGAUGGUUUCUCGGAUUGAGGGAGAGGGUAAACCCGUGAAGGCCAUCAAAUUCCCAGACAGGACAACCGAGAUCGGCAAACUCAUCGACGCUUACCUCCAAUCCAAAGCAGAGGUAGACGACCACACGAUCCACCUUUUGUUCUCCGCCAAUCGUUGGGAGCUCGCAUCAAGUAUCAAGUCGCUCCUUGAGUCAGGAACGACCAUAGUCUGCGACCGAUAUGCGUACUCGGGUCUCGCAUUCUCCGCAGCUAAACAGAAACCUGAUCUAUCAUACGAAUGGUGUUUAAGCCCGGAUGUCGGCCUCCCCGCGCCUGAUGCUGCAUUUUUCCUUGAAGUUGCACCCGAAGUUGCAAAGCAACGUGGAGGCUACGGACAGGAACGAUAUGAAAAUGAAGAAAUGCAGAGGGCUGUGAGGCAGACUUUCCAGCGAAUCGGGAAAGAUGUCCAGGAGCGAUGGCAAGUCGUCGAUGCGAAUCGGACUCAGGGAGAGGUGGAAGAAGAUUUAUGGAAUAGGAUCGGGCCGUUAAUCAAGGGCCAACUCCAAGAGGAUUUGGAGACCAUGUGGCCAAACCGCAUAAGUAGCGCAUAA